CCCAAAAAAUUGCCAAGUUGCUGCCGAGCGAACGAAUGAAUCGAGAAUCAGUUGAAUGCAAGCAACCGAAGAGCACAGAAGCAUCAGCUGAAGCAGCAGAAGCUAAAUAACGGCGAAUUUUUACAUUAUUUUCAGUUUGCAGUAAUUUUGAUCAGAAUGACAACUACUUUUACGAUCAAUGGACAGCCCUACACGGUGAAUCUGAGCAGCCUGCCGGCAGAUAUCACUUUGAAUACCUUUAUCAGGGAACAUGCGCAGUUGACGGCGACGAAGUUCAUGUGCCUGGAGGGCGGCUGCGGUGUCUGCGUUUGCGUGUUGCGCGACGGGAAGCGCAGCUGGGCGGUCAAUUCGUGCAUGACUCUGUUGAAUAGCUGCGCGCAGCUGGAGAUUGUGACUUCGGAGGGACUGGGCAACAUGCGAAGCGGCUACCAUCCCAUACAGAAGCGUCUGGCCAAGCUGAAUGGCACCCAGUGCGGCUACUGUUCGCCGGGAUUUGUGAUGAGCAUGUACGGGCUGCUGGAGUCGCGUGGGGGUCAAGUGAGCAUGGCCGAGGUGGAGAACGCCUUCGGCGGUAACAUUUGCCGCUGCACCGGCUACCGGCCCAUACUGGAUGCCAUGAAGUCCUUUGCCGUGGACAGCUGCAUUCAACUGCCGGCAGAGUGCAUGGACAUUGAGGACCUAUCGCCGCGCAACUGCCCCAAAACGAGUGAGCGAUGCGCGGGCAGCUGCGCGAGGUCCACUUUGGCCCACGAUGAUGGACGUCAGUGGCAUUGGCCGCAGUCCCUGAGUGAACUGUUUGAGGCCUUGGACCGGGUGGGAGAGGAGCAGUUUAUGCUUGUCGGAGGCAACACGGCCCAUGGAGUUUAUCGUCGUGGGCAGGACAUCAAACACUUCAUUGACUUGCGCGCCGUAGCCGAGCUACACGAAUACAAGUAUGAGCCGCAUCAGCUGAAACUGGGUGUCAAUCUAAGUCUCAGCGAGGUCAUGGACAUUCUGAAAGAUACUUCCACCAAGCCAGGCUUUGAGUAUCUGCAGCAGCUCUGGCAGCACCUGGAUCUGAUCGCCAAUGGGCCAGUUCGUAAUACUGCCACCCUGGCUGGCAACCUAUCAAUCAAGAAAGCACAUCCAGAGUUUCCGUCAGAUGUCCACGUCAGCCUCGAAGCACUUGAUGUGCGUGUCGUCGCCUCGAAGGGCGCUAAGGAUGAACAAGAAAUAUCACUGGCCGAUUAUUUGAACUCCAAUGAUAAAAAGCUCGUGCUUAAGGCUCUUCUGCUCCCUGCAUAUGCUACGGAUAAGUUUAUAUACGAAUCAUAUAAGAUUAUGCCACGUGCCCAGAAUGCGCAUGCGUAUGUGAACGCCGCCUUUCUGCUCGAACUGGAUGCAGAGUCGAAGGUGAAGAAUGCUCGCAUUUGCUUUGGCGGCAUCCGGCCGGACUUUGUGCAUGCAACGCCUGUUGAGCAGCUGCUGGUCGGACGCAAUCCCUUUGACAAUGCAUUGCUGGAGCAGGUAUUCGACAAGCUGUCGACGCUGCUGCAGCCCGAUGAGGUGCUGCCGGAAGCAUCCCCCGCCUAUCGCUUGAGUCUGGCCUGUGGACUGCUAUACAAGUUUCUUCUGAAACAUGCUCCCAAAGAGGAAGUGAACGAAGCCUUUAAGAGCGGAGCGCAACUAUUGCAGCGUCCAUUGUCCUCGGGCACACAGGUGUACCAGACCCAGCAGCAGAACUAUCCCGUUACGCAGGCGGUGCAGAAAGUGGAGGGCAUGAUUCAGUGCUCGGGCGAGGCGACAUACAUGAAUGAUGUGCUGACUACUUCGAACACUGUGCAUUGCGCUUUUGUGGGAGCCACCAAAGUGGCCGCCAGCAUAGAGCAAAUCGAUGCCUCGGAAGCCCUUCGGCAGCCUGGCGUGGUGGCCUUCUACAGUGCUAAGGAUAUACCCGGCACAAAUACGUUCUGUGAUCCGAACUUUGGCUACGAGCCAGAAGAGAUCUUCUGCACCUCGCCGGUCAGGCACUAUGGACAACCCGUGGGUGUGGUUGUUGCCCUCACUGCGGAUAUUGCGAAGCAAGCAGCCCAGCUGGUAAAUAUCACCUAUGGCCAGCCGUCUACGGAGCACAAAGUAUUGCCCAGCUUAAACGAUGUGUUGGACAUGUCGCCGGAACCGGAGGCUUCGCGCAUCAUUCGUGAGGUCUCCGCGAAGCCAGGCAAGUUGAAGUGUUCGGCUACGCCGGAUAAGACUGUGCGAGGCGUCUUGCAGAUUGGACUCCAGUACCACUUCACCAUGGAACCGCAGACAACAGUGGUAGUGCCUUUCGAGGAUGGGCUCAAGGUUUACUCCGCCACCCAGUGGAUGGAUCACACGCAGUCCGUUAUCGCCCAAAUGUUGCAGAUAAAGGCCAAGGAUGUGCAGCUACAGGUCCGACGUUUGGGUGGCGCCUACGGCGGCAAAAUAACACGCGGCAAUCAGGUGGCCUGCGCCGCCUCCUUGGCUGCUCAAAAGCUGAAUCGACCCGUGCGCUUUGUGCAAUCCAUUGAAUCGAUGAUGGAUGUGAAUGGCAAGCGCUGGGCUUGUCGGUCCGACUAUGAGGCUCAAGUGCUGGCCUCUGGAAAGAUUGUGGGCCUCCAGAAUGAUUUCUACGAGGAUGCCGGCUGGAAUAAGAACGAAAGCCCCAUCGUAGGACAUUCCACAUUUACUGCAACAAAUUGUUACGAGUUCACCGACUCGAAUUAUAAAAUUAAUGGAAACGCUGUACUGACUGAUGCACCAAGCUCGACCUGGUGCCGAGCACCCGGAUCUGUCGAAGGCAUUGCUAUGAUGGAGAACAUAGUUGAGCAUGUGGCCUUUGAGUUAGAUCUCGAUCCAGCUGACGUGCGGCUGCUCAAUUUGGCUAAGGGCAAUAAAAUGGCAGAGUUGCUGCCUCCAUUUUUGAAGUCGAGGGAGUACACGGCGCGACGCAAGGAAAUCAAGGAGCACAAUGAAAAGAAUCGUUGGAACAAGCGCGGGCUCGGUCUGGCCAUAAUGGACUAUCCCAUCUUCUACUUCGGCCAGUAUCCGGCCACUGUCGCAAUUUAUCAUGUGGAUGGCACCGUCGUUAUCACCCAUGGCGGCAUUGAGAUGGGUCAAGGCAUGAACACGAAAGUCGCACAGGUGGCCGCAUACACGUUGGGCAUUGAGCUGGAGUACAUAAAAAUCGAAUCAUCGGACACCAUAAAUGGAGCCAACUCAAUGGUAACGGGUGGUGCCGUCGGCAGUGAAAGUCUGUGCUUUGCUGUUCGUAAAGCCUGUGAAACGCUCAACGCUCGGCUGAAGCCGGUGAAAAAGCCCAAAGCCUCUUGGCAGGAGACAGUGCAGGCAGCAUACGCCGCAUCGAUCAAUUUGAUUGCCUCAGAUCAUUACAAAGAGGGCGACAUGCAGAACUAUCAUAUCUACGGAAUGGCGUUGACCGAGAUCGAGCUGGACGUGCUUACCGGCAACAGUCAGAUCAAGCGCGUCGACUUGCUGGAGGAUGCCGGCGAGAGUCUCAGUCCCAACAUUGACAUUGGUCAAGUCGAGGGAGCAUUCGUCAUGUGCCUGGGCUAUUGGCUCACUGAGAAGUUAGUCUACGAACGGCAAACGGGACGCCUUCUUACGAAUCGCACCUGGAACUACAAGCCACCGGGACCCAAGGAUAUACCCAUUGAUUUUCGCAUCGAGCUGGUUCAGAAUCCACAGCCCAGCAGUGCGGGCUUUAUGCGGUCAAAAGCCACAGGCGAGCCACCCUGUUGUCUGGCUGUCAGCGUUGUCUUCGCCCUGCAGGAGGCAUUGCAAUCGGCCAGAAAGGAUGCCGGAUUACCCAGGCAGUGGGUGCGUCUGGGUGCGCCCACCACACCUGAAACGUUGCUACUGAAUGCGGGACAUGAUGUCAAAACGUUUAGCCUUAAAUGAACAACUUAAAUAUU